AUGAGUGAAAUCAACACUCAUUUGACACAUGAUUUGUCGUCCCUAUCGUUGAAGGCGUCGACGCCUAACACCACCGAUGAGUCCACGAAUGGACCGAAUAGUGAGACCAACAGUCGGUCCAGAAGUGGACGUAAGAAGAAGAGCCAAACGAGUGAAACAACUAAUGGUUUGGCAAACGAUUUGCCGUCGCCUUCACUGAACGCGUCGACCCCUAAGACCGGCGACCACUUGAGGGCCGAACCCAACAGUGAGUCCAAGAGUCAGCCCAGAAGUCAACGUAAAAAGAAAGGGCAGACCAAUGGUGUUGUUGUGCGACAGAUCUCGUUGUCUCAUAUCAUGGGAUACGAGCCACAGAUGAAUGCGUUGAGAGAGUUGAUUGAAACCCCGCUCUCGAAGAGCCACCAAAUGAGACAAAUGAGUGCCGUUUUGCCCAAAAGUGUCCUCUUAUUUGGUCCGACGGGUUGUGGGAAGUCGUCGGCUGUGAAGGCGUUUUGCGCUCAUUUCAAUCAACAGAUGUUUUGCGUUCACAUAAAUUGUGCCACAAUUUUAGCCAAAAGUUUUGCCACAUCUGAGGAUAACUUGAGGACAAUCUUCACGAACGCCAUCGAAAUGAGUCCAAGUCUUGUCUGUUUAGAUAAUUUUGAAAUGAUUUCGUCGGCAAAGAAGUCAUCCGCAGAUCAGGAAAAGAGAUUGACUGCUAUAUUGUGUGCAAUUUUGGACGAUUUGCCGAUUGAUAAGCAUAUAGUGAUGGUUGCGGUCACUAAUAAACCCGAUUUAAUUGAUACCAGCCUUCGAAGGCCCGGACGUCUUGACCGGGAAAUUGAAUUCGCGGUUCCGCUGCCGAAGGAAAGGACAGCCAUUUUAAGGAAACAUUUAAGUGAAAUGAAUAGUGAUAUCAGUGACGAAGUGUUGUCUGGUUUGGCCCAAAGCGCCCACUCUUUCACUGGCGCUGAUUUGGCGCUCUCUUGUCGUGAAUCGGCUUUAAUUGCACUCAAAGACAAUCGACACGUAAUCAAUGAAAACGAUUUGAAACAGACGUUGAAGUCUAUCCGUCCGUCGGCUAUGAGAGAAAUCAGUUUAGAAGUUCCCAAUGUUUUCUGGACAGACAUCGGCGGUAUGCAUGGCGUCCGCAAUAAGUUGAUCCAAUCGGUCGUUUGGCCGCUCACUAAUCCCGAAGCGUUCACCAGAUUAGCCAUCAAUGCGCCCAAAGGUGUGCUUAUGUACGGACCGCCCGGUUGUUGCAAAACAAUGAUCGGUAAAGCGUUAGCCACAGAAAGUGGACUUAAUUUUCUGGCCAUAAAAGGUCCCGAAUUGUUCAACAAAUGGGUCGGAGAGUCAGAGCGAGCCGUUCGCGAAGUGUUCCGCAAAGCGAGAGCCGCCUCGCCUUCCAUACUGUUCUUUGACGAAAUCGAUGCGUUGGCCGCCGAACGAGGUGUCGGUCAGUCCACUGUUGGCGACCGAGUAUUGGCUCAGCUCUUGACCGAAAUCGAUGGCAUCGAACAACUGAAUGGAGUGGUGAUCGUCGCGGCCACCAAUCGGCCCGAUAUGAUAGAUAAGGCACUGUUAAGACCCGGUCGUCUCGAUUCCAUACUUUACGUCCCGUUACCUGAUAUGGAGACCAGAUAUGAGAUCUUAAGGAUCAGAACCAGGAAAAUGCCCCUCAAUUUUGAACAACCAGUCGAUGAGAUACUCAAACAAUUGGCGGUCAACACAGAAGGCUAUACCGGCGCUGAGAUAACGGGUGUUUGUCAAGAGGCGGGUCUAAUAGCCCUCGAGGGAGACAUCAACUGCCAAUUCGUUGAACUCAAACAUUUCGAGUCGGCGUUGGAAUCAAUUAAACCAAGAAUUUCUCGACAAAUGAUAGCGUUUUAUGAGAAUUAUAAGAAUGAAACGACAAAUAAUCCGAUAAAUAAAACUUAA